AUGCCUCGCCCUGCGCCUAAACGAAAUCGAUCGACCAAGGCCAUCAAGGCCACCAAGGCCAAGGUCGACCAUACCACCGCGGAACCGCGCAACCAGCCCGAUACGCACGCGUCCAAAUCCCCCGAACGCGGGUCUACGUUGGACCCUCGAGCCCUGCGCAGCCAAACACCCUUGUCCAAGAAUUAUGAACAAGCAAUUGACUCGUCGCCUGGUGACCGGCCGGGUACGGGCAGUCGACCUGGCACCGGCAGUCGGCCUCCCACCAGAUCUCGCGGAUAUUCGUCUACACUUUCUUUUGCUGGGCGCACCGGUGAUAUCAGCUCGCGCGUGCCCGGUACACCUGGUUAUGAGAGUUCGGUAUUGAGCAACUUCCGACGCCGCCCGCGACAGCAGAGUAUUCUCCAGAUGAUGCAGGCCGAGGAUGGCUCCUCUGAUCUUGACGAUGACGACUUUCUGGGGAGCCUCAGCCCCCAGGACGAGUCUACGCCGCUGAAUAUUUCUCGAGGCAAACCAUUACUGGUGAGGCAGGCUGAAGAGUCGCCGUCAGAAUCGCUCCCAUCAUCGGGCGGAUCGCGUAAACGCAAGCGCGCCGGGGACAUUCAGGUACCCGGAUCACCUACCGCUCAAGAAAUGGUUGAGGAUACACCAAGUGCUACGCCAGUUGCUCGUGAUCAACCAUCCCAUAUGUCAGAAGUGACACCUCAGCCGUUGCAAUUCCCAGAGGUAUUCAGUCAAACCAUGGCACCUCCGGACAGUAGCCCUUUGGGUUCCACUGCGGCGUCUCGGUCACCAAACGCCGUUGCCCACAACAACUCCCAAAGGAACAAGACCAAGGAUCCGGCUCAUCUCUCAACAGCGGCACUGCAAGACAGGCUCCUACCUCGGAGGCGGCAACGUCAACGCAAACGCCGUCCAGCGGGCGAAUUCGACGUCCCCAGUGAUGAGAGUGAUGAAGACAUGCACGAUGCUGCGUCUGGCGAUGACGACGAGCUGAGCUAUCUGCCCUCGAGACGUUCACGACGAGGACAAUCAGACAAACCCAAGCCCCUUGGUAACGUGCGGGAAAAGUCCAAGCUCAACAACCAGAAACAAAAGAAGAGCAAGAUCAAGUCGGCCCCAGCCCCAAAACCGUUGGAGCCGCAGGCGCCGGCAACAUACUCGCGUGCGCGCCAAAGUGGAGGACUCGACAAGGAAAAUGAACUGCUGUUAUCCUCACCGUCUUCGUCGCCCUUGUCAUCGCCGCCUGAUUCGGACGCAUCUGAUACCGAGGGGGAGACGCGGCCAACGCGACGCUACGUGAGCGACGAGCUGCGCGCUGCAGCCAAAAAGUUUGCGGAGGUUGAUAAGUGGCAGAUGGAGUUUGAAGAAGUCUCUGCAUCGGAGACCCAGAGCAGUCCUGCUCGUUGA